AUGGCGACGCAGGGCGCCUCGCGCGCCGCGCGGGAAUGGCGCGACGAGGAUGCUGCGCGCGCGGGCGAGUCCGACGACUCGGAGGCGCUCGUCGUCGACGGCGGCGGCGGCGGCGAAGUCGACGCGCGCGGCGCGGGGAUUCCGAUCGCGCCGAGCGACGCCGGGGCGGGCGGCGUCCCCGUCGCGGAGAAGACGGACGCGGAGGUGAUCCACGCGAUGAGGAUGUUCUUGGCCGCGCAGCAGGCGUCGGUGGCGAAGGCGCCCGCGGCGGCGCCCGCGCCGGCGCCGAAGCGCGCGCCCGCGCGUCCGCCCUCGCCGCCGAUCUCGACGACGACGACGACGGACGACGCGAGCGACGAUCUCGCGGCGACGGUCGCGCGCCUGGAGAAGCAGCUCGCGGACGCGAAGAAGAAGCUCGAGGCGCAGGCGAAGUCGAAGGCGAAGUCGACGCCGAAGAAGCGCAAGGCCGCGAGCGCGGUCGCGAGCGCGGGCGCGGGGAGGAAAAAGCCGUCGAAGGCUCCCGCGGACGAGACGCCGCGAUCGCGCGCGAGGAUCGACGUCGCUCCUCCUCCUCCUCCGAAGACGACGACGACGACGACGGCGACGACGGCGCCGCCGCGUCGACCGAAUGACGAUGACGGCGGCGACGACGACGACGACGCGAGCGACUUUGGCGCGGAAAUCUACGGCGACGACUCGGACUCGGACGACGCGCGCCCCGCGUCCGCGUCCGCGCCCGCGCCCGCGCCGGAGACGCGGCGACGCUCGCCGACGCCGCCGCCGCCGCCGCCCCCGACGACGAAGCCAACGACGCGCAUGCUCUCUUCGCUCCCAGACGCGCCGAACGCGACGCGCGAGGAGGUCGUCGCCUGCGCGGCGUUCCCGGCGGGGCGGCCGACGGAGACGCACUACGAGCUCGAGAACGGCGGCGGGUUCGCGUGCGGCGUCGCGGCGUGCGGCGCCGUGGUCGCGACGAAGACGGGGUUGAAGAUUCAUCUCGCGCGGGUGCACGCGAGGAGACGCGUGGACGAUCGCGCGCUGGUCUUCGAGACCGUGGACGCGCUCCCGGCGCGCCUGAAGAAGACGAAGGCGGCGAGAGGUAGGACGGUCGUCGCGAAGAAAGCCGCGCCGCCGACGGAGUACGUCGUCCCGUCGCAAGACGCGCGGCCGGCGACGCGCGCGUCGGACGAUCGACGCGCGUCGGACGAUCGACACGCCGGCGCCGCGUCCUCCGCCGCGCCUCUCGCGAGCUUGACGUGGGACCAGCACGCGGCGUUCCUGCGGUUCCACGCGUCUCGAGCGCGGCUCGUGUCGUCGCUUCCGACGGGGCUCACCGCGCGCGCGCUGCGGACGCUGUACGCGCGCGUCGAGCGCGAGCAACGGCGGUACAUGUCGUGGCUCGCGAGAGAGAGUGUCAACGCGCAUCGAAACAGGAUGGGGCCCGUCGCCGUGGAGAGGGCCGCCGCGGAGUGGGCGGCGUUCACCGGCGAGGGCGGCGCGCGCGUCGUCGCGACCGCGCCGAAGUUGAUCACGAUUCGCGGGCGGAUGCGUCUGACGGACGGUCGAGCUCCGGCGUCCGAGCAGCGGCUCGACGACGGCGGCGGCGCGGCGCGCGGCGACGGCGACGCGACGAUGACGCUCGUGAAAGUCUACGACGCCGCGUUCGAACGCCUGCCCGGUCUCCCGAACCUCCCGUCGCGAGGCUCGCGCGUCGCCCCGCGCGCGACGGUCGUCCGGCCGUCGCUCGGCGGCGGCGGCGCGGACGCGUCGCGUCUGGACGAACGCCGCGCGUCCCUGCGCGACGCCGCCGCGAGCGCCGCCACCGCGGCGGCGAGCUCGCUGAUCGAGGACGACAUCACGCGCGACAUCGCGAGGGAGUCGCGCGCGGACGUCGUCAUGUCCGCGGCGGCGUUCAUGACGCUCGUCGCCACGGACGCGCGCCGCCGCGACGGUUCGUGGGACAUACCGAUCACGAUGACGCGCGCGGACGACGACGACGACGACGACGACGACGAGAACGAAAACGAAAAGGACGCCGCGAGAAACAGAGCGAGGAAGGUGAUGUACGUCGACGCGCCGCUGCCGACGAGGGAUCUCACCCCCGCGACCGCGCGAAGGCGCGCGGCGGGGGUGUACGAGCGCGAGAUGACGCACCGCGCGACGCAGAGCGCCGCCGCCGUCGCCGCCGCGCGAUUCCGCGGCGUCGGUCGCGUCGGCUCCGCGACCGCGUUGACGGCGGCGACGGACGCGGGAGGCGCCGGAGCCGGCGGCGCCGGCGCGGCGCGCGGCGUGCAAACGCGCGCGCUGUUCGCCCUCGGCGACAAGCGCGUGCUCGUGCGAUCGCGAACGACGCUGCGGGACGAAGCCACGGGCCGGGGCGUGGUGUUGAAGUGCAAGGUGGAUCACCGCGCGGGCGCGGACGACGCCGAGGACGACGACGCGGACGGCCGCGGCGGCGGCGAUCGCGGCGACGACGACCCGGACGCGUCGGACGCGUCGGACGCGUCGGAUUUCGACGACGACGGCGCGGGAGGAGGAGGCGGAGGCGGAGGCGCGCGGAGACGCCGCGGCGCGAGGGCGGCGGGGGACCGCGAGGAAGUUUCGCGCGCGGAAGCCGCGGAGUGGUGGGCCUCGCUCGCGGUCAGACCCGGCUCGACGCUCGCGCUCGCGCGCGUCGGCGCGUACGGCGGCGUCUUACUCGACGUCGAGAGGAAGACGAUCGACGACGCGCGCGCGUUCGGCGCGGACCCGACGCCGCCGCCGCCGUACUACGAAC